AUGUUGAGAACACUGAGAAGAAGCGUUCUAGCAGGCAGCCGACGUAGUUUUAAUGUGUACAGUGGGCUGCCCCAAAAGCAAUUACUCUUAUUUUCACCAUCGCUUCUGAGAGCACGAUAUUCGUCUACUAGUGGUUCAACUAAAACGUCUAACAAACCAGCUAAAAUAGAUGCUCCAGGAUUUAAGAAAAUUUUCCUUGUUGCUAUCAUCGGUACACUGAUAUUUGUCAAGACAGUGCAAUCUUUAGACAAAAACAAACCGAAGACAACAUUGUCAGAAGAAGAAUUCGAAAAUGUGGUUAAAGGGUUGAAAAGACGUGUGGCUAUAUUCCCACAAGGUAAAGUUGAUAUUAAGUUUUCUUUAUCACCCAGUAUUGAAGAAACUAGAAAGAUCUUGCAGAAAUCACAAGGUGACGAUAUAAGCGAACUGCGGUUUGUCGAUCCAGCCAAAGUUAUCGAUUACUACAGAACAUCAAAAGAUGAUAGAUAUGAAGCUUUAUUAAAUGAUUAUUACAAGAAAUACGGGCCUGAUACGUACAUUUACAAUCUGCCAACGGGUAUGUUGGUCAUGCUUCUAGGUAGGUAUUUUAAAGAGAACUUCAAGUCCGGUGACAAGCUAGUAGUUGUCAACUUCCCUCAUUCGAUUAGCGACGCAACGAAAUUUGAAAAUGAGGUUUCUAUAGUGUCUAAAAUCUUGGUUCCAAGAAAAUUGAGUGGCUCGGACAUCUGUAAAUAUUAUGAAACUGUAGGCAAGGCAGACAUCAUCUGA